AUGUCUCCUUUUACCAAAUCCUGGUCGAUUGGCGGUCGCCGCAAGGGCUCCGCAGACGCGGAAAACAACGCUCACACCAUCGCUCCUGCAUCAUCCUCCAACUCAUCCUUCGAGUCACUGCGCUCCAACUCGCCAAAAUCGCACGCCGUCACCCCCGACCUCGCGGCGCAGAUUGCAGCGCACCAGCACCGAGAAGAAUUAAUCUCUCAGUUUUGGGGCGGCAAGCCGGAGAAGAAGGCCAAGCCGGCCCGGGCGUCGCCACCUCCCGCAUACGCGGAGACGGAGAGGCUGCCCGCGUACCCCGACAUGUCUGGCGAAGACUCUGUCAACCAAGCGAAGUGGUCCUGGCGCAACGGGUUCCUGUUCCCCCCGUUCUGGAUAAUCGGGAUCAUAAUUCUAUGCUCACCCCUGCGCGUGGAGGAAAGCUGGCACGCGGAUAAGUCGGACGACGAGCGAAAGCUUCUCGUUUUGGCCACCCGCCAGGAGGAAAUGAAGUAUGGGAAGCGAUGCCUUUGGGCAUUCUUAGCGUUCCUCGCGAUCAGCGCUGUCGUCGCGACGAUCGUCCUCAUGAUAGCAAAGUGA